UUCUAAAUUCAGGCUCUACGCUUCAGCUUUCUUUGUUCAGGAUCAGGUUCUAGGCUUCCGCUUUCUACACUCAGGCUCCAAUAUCCCCGCUUCAGAAGCAUUCAGCACUCUGAAGUUGAGCUUCAAGCAUUGGGAAGUUAGAAAUCAGGCUUCUGGUUUCAGGAUAGCAUUCAACGGUCUUUGAAGCUCAGCCUGUGUGUCACCCCUGAACAACGGAGCAUAAGCGGUCGCCAUCUCUCUGCCAGUCCAUUUCUUGUUUUCUAAACUGAAGCAGUCCUUAGCUCCGCUGCUUCUAGGAGCCUGGAAUAGUCCGCGUUAUGGCCUCACUCGUUAUCGCAGGGCCCUCCGGGAUUGUCACAACCUGCUUAAAGACAUCGUUAAAAUCAUUCGAAACGUCUGAACGUGUUUCGUGGAAUGUCGUUACUUCAAAGGUCAAAGCUUUUCCGUCGAGCAGCAACGGCAGGGCCGUACCAAACCGAGUUGUGCGUGUAACGAGGGCUUCGAGUUCAUCCGAGCCGUCCACUGCAUCCGCAUCAGGAGCUUCUGCCGCAUCAACGGCUGGACUGAUCCCGAUCGCUCUGAAGCCAGCAUUGGACAAGCGGGACUCGGAGGCGUUGAAGGUGGCGCUCGAGUGCCUCAAGGAGGCCGGCAGCGUCACGGCGUGGGGCAGCUACCCCAACGUCGCCCGGCGCACGGCGAGUGUGCGCGAGUUGACGCAAGUGGGUAUCAAGAACGCCGAGAAGCUCGCCGUGCCGUCCGUGCGCAACGAUGCGCUUUUCCUCGCCACGGUGGUGGGGUCCACGUCCAUCAUCGCCGUCGUUGCCAGCCAACUACCAGGGGACUGGGGUUUCUUCGUGCCCUAUCUCGUGGGGGGGCUCUCCAUCGUUGUUCUCGCUGUAGGCAGCGUCGCUCCAGGGCUUCUCCAGGGCGGCAUAGGAGCCAUGGCGCCUGCGUUCUCGGACUACAAGGAUCGCGUGCUCAGACACGAGGCGGGCCACUUCCUCUUGGCGUACCUUCUCGGCCUGCCACCUGUCGCGUACUCAUUGGACAUUGGCAAGGAGCACACGAACCUGCUGGACGACAAGCUGCAGAAGAAGAUCUACAGCGGCCAGCUGGAGAGCGAUGACGUGGACAGGCUGGCCGUGAUAGCCAUGGCGGGCAUGGCGGCGGAGGGGCUGCAAUACGAGCAGGUGAUGGGGCAGACCGCGGACCUCAACUCACUUCAGCGCCUCAUCAACCGCAGCGGGCUGGGCGCCAUGACCAACGAGCGCCAGCAGAACCUCACGCGCUGGGCACAGAACCUCACGCGCUGGGCGGUGCUGUAUGCGGCAUCGCUAAUCAAGAACAACGCCAAGUCCUUUGAUGCUCUUAUGGAAGCCAUGGCCAGGGAAGCUCCAGUUGAAGAGUGCAUUGCAGCAAUCGAGACCGCUGCUGCGAAAUAAGAGAGGUGACAGUGAAACGAGCUGAUUUUUAUUGUAUAUGUAUCGUAGUACAGUGCAUAGCGCCAGAUGUUAUUCCGCACAUUUGGUGUCCCUCCAUGCUGCAUAUUUAUUCGCAAGUCACCAGCGCUUGUGCGUGUAAGGCACUGUAAAAGAAGCAUCAAGUUGGAAGUAAUUGCAGGGGAGAACUAGUAGACAUCCAUGGCAUUUUUUAAAGCGAGAGAUUAUAACAGUGUCAAACAUAUUUGUAUAUGUUGUUGUAGACUAGAUAUG